UCUUCCCGUGAGGCCUUGCGCGCGGCUUUCUCCCAGGAGCCCUUGCGCGCGGAUCCCCGGAUACUCCUUGGCAGCGGCAAGAUGGCGGACCGUCCAGUACCCAUUAAAGAUAAGAAGCUCCUGGAUGUGAAAGUGGGGCAGCUGCCAACGUGGUUAGCAGCACGAAAUUACAGCCCACAAGGGAUAGUUACAAGUUGUCGAGGAGGUUAUGACAGAUUUGUCAAUAAGUACAUUAAUGUGAAGAAAGGAGGCAUUUCAGGCAUUGCCAUGAUGCUAACAGGCUACGUGGUCAUGAGCUACAUCUGGAACUAUAAACACAUUAAGCAUGACCGAUGGAGAAAAUAUCACUGACACUCGAUGGACCAGAAGAAUACAAGUUACCACUUUUUGACUGGUAACAGAAGACUGCUUCAACCGAAGAUGGCUUGACUCUUAAAAGUGGAGUUCUCGUCUAGAAUCGUAAUUGUAUUCCAAGACCAAUAAUAAAUUACUUACUAUCA